AUGGCCGCUGCCGCCGCUGCUAAUGCACGAUCUCAACAAGACGCUAGUGUUGCACAGGCACUCGAGAUCGCUCGCGAGAGUCCUGAUGGUUCAUCAGACCCUACUAUCAGCAAGAUACUAGAGGGUGCCCUGGCACGAAUCUGGAGCAAAGUUGCAGCGCAUCCUGACUCAUAUGUCAUGACAAAAGACGAGUUUGCUGUCUUCAACUUCUUCCAGCACAGAUUUAUCGGCAACAAGAUGGCACUUGGCGCUCGCAAGCGAUUCUGGGAUAACACUCACGCUUGA